AUGGUUAUGAACAUGCAAAUAGCCCUCAAGCAAGGGAACAUGGGAGCAUUACAGUCAAAGCUGCAAGACAUUUCCAACCCCAAAAGUCCCAACUAUGGCAAGUGGCUCUCCAAAGAGGAGCUGGAAGGCUUUACCCGGCCAUCAGAAGAGUCGGUUAAGAUGGUCAAGCUUUGGCUAUCGUCGUACGACAUCCACGAACGGGACAUCACGCAGACGACCCCCGACUGGCUAGAGGUAAAGGUGCCUCUCAGUAAAGCCGAGGGCAUGCUUGACUCCAAAUUUUCGCUCUACCACGAUUCUGUGUCUGGCAAAUCAGCACCACGGACCACGGAGUAUUCUAUUCCGUUGCUUCUUCACGACCACAUUGACACUAUUCAGCCCACCACUGCCUUUCAUAGGGCUAUGGGCCCUCAGGUGGCUCAAAACCAGUCUGAUACCGCCAUGCAUAAGCGCCAGAGUGGGUGCGAUCCGAACAACAUUGUUCCAUCGUGCAUCCAGAGUCACUACAACGUCGACUACAGUGGGAAGGGCCGAGCUUCUCUCGCUGUCACCGGUUUUAUCGGCCUUUCAGCAAGCCACAGCGACGCAGCCAGCUUCCUGAGCUCUUACGACUCGGCCGCCAGCGGUUCCGAUUUCAAGGACGGUUCAAUUGGCGGUGCAAGCAAUGUUCCAAGUAACCCGGACCUGGAAGGCAACCUGGAUACGCAAAUCGCGCUCUCGAUCGGUCACCCUAACCCGGUCACGUACUAUGCUGUCGGGCCGAACAACGACCCGGACAACCAAUUCACCGACGAGCUGAUCAACUUUGGCACCUACCUCAACUCAGCAUCCAACCCACCAACAGCUGUUUCCACUUCGUACGGUGGCGAGGAGCAGUUCUUCUCUCACAGCUACCUGGACCGAAUCUGCAACGAAUUCAUGAAGGCUGGCUCCCGAGGAAUCUCAGUCUUCUUCUCGUCCGGUGACUUUGGCGUUGGCGGCAACGGCGAAUCCAACUGCAACGACGGAUUCUAUUCACUUUUCCCCGCGUCGUGCCCGUACAUCACGUCCGUUGGUGCUACGCAGUUCUCUAAUGGGGCGGAAAUAGCAGCCACAUUUGAGCGCGGUGGUUCGACGGGUGGCGGCUUUUCGUGGUACUUUCCUGCACCAUCCUACCAGAGUGCUGAUACGAAGAAGUACAUCAGCAACAACUUGGACAACUCAUACAGCGGUUACUACAAUCCCAGUGGCCGCGGUUUCCCCGACGUUGCCCUUGUUGGGGAAUACUAUGACAUCAUUCUGAACGGUGGGACGCAGCGAGUGUAUGGAACAUCGGCGUCUUCCCCGGCAUGGGCCUCGCUUAUUUCUCUCAUCAAUGACUACCGAAUAGGCGAGGGCAAGUCGACUCUGGGAUUCUUGAACCCAUUGUUGUACCAGAAUGCCGGUGUGCGAGCCGCUUUGAAUGACAUCACCCAAGGCCACAACCAGGGGUGUGGUACAUAUGGAUUCCCUGCUAGCGCUGGUUGGGACCCAACCACAGGUCUGGGCACUAUGAACUUCGCCAAGCUCCGAAAGGCCCUCGGGUAG